ACGUGACACUUGGUGUGAUCCGAACUCGCAAGUUAACCGUUAGGUAAGAGACCACGAGAGAUCGGAGAUCGCGAUCCAUUGUCAUUGAACAGCGCAGCACCAAGCGAUCGUCGCGAUUGUGCCAACAGCAGUCGGUGGACUUUCUCGAGGUGGGCUUGAAGAUUGGUGCGCGCGUCUCGCUUGAAAUGGUUUCCGUCCGGGGAAACGGCGGAUCCGGUGUCUUGUGGCAUUUGUUAAAGAUCGGGUAUCCUCAAGUAGUUAUCGAGGUUUCGAGCUCUUCGCUCCGCGGAGAAUCUUAAUGCAGUGUCGACCCUGAUACUCGUCGGAAGUGCAAUCGCAGCGAUCGGAGGAACGAUCCACGGCGAACGUGACGAUAUCUGAUCGAUUUAUAUCGCCUCUGUUCAGUUUCGUCAUUAAAAUUCGCUCUUUUGUCACGUAAUCGGGCUUUCGCCUCUGCCUGAUAUUUAAAACGAUCUUGCAAGUGAUAUUCGUUCUCUUUUUCAAUCUUUACGAGCGUUUCGCGGAAAGUUAUGACAAUCCCAUAAUCGGAAGUCGUUUUUCUCGUAUUGUGUCAUUACAGUUUUUAUCGUUACAACGUUCACCGAGGCGAAUGUUGUCUGACAUUUCACAUUAUCGUCGUCUUUCAUUUCAUCCCGAUGUAUUUGAUUGGAUAUAUGGAUCCGUCUAUCAUGUUCGUUACUGACACUUGACUAUCGGAUUGAGAAACGGACGUAAAACAAUUACAAUUAAACUCCCUCUCUGGUACACGCAAAGAUGCAUGACGCACGAAUGAAGAUAUCUCGAAAUCAACUUUGCGGUGCCGCAUCAUUAAUUCAAAGUGAUUUUUCUAAAAUAAGGCAUCCGCGGCCGGGUGAGAUAUAAAAAGCUUUAGAUCUAGGAAGCGAAGCGAUGUUAUAAUUGGAUCUGGUCCAACAGUUUCUCCAUUUUAAACGAUACGACGUUGAAAGGCUCGUGAAAAGGGGAAGAUGGUAUAAUCGCGUAAACCAACAUUUUAAGGGGACAGUCGUGCAAUUGGAUCUUCUUUGUGGGAAUGUGAUCGCGACAAGAGAAAGAUAGAGGAAAAAAGGGAGUUCGUAAGAGAUUAGCCGGGCUGUAAAUUCCCUUUACAAUGCUAUGUUUUUUUUGUUUUAAUUUGACGAAGUUAGCGGGGAAUAAAAAAUCUUCAGAAUUGUUCUCAUUCAGAAUGAGAACUCGUUUCUUGAUCGCUGUUUAUUCUUUAACUUUAUUCACUGCGGAUUCCACAUCUUUGUUAAUAUUGUCGAGUCAAUUAAACGUAACGGAACUCUUUGCCUUUAACUGUUAUUAAUAAAAGUUCUCUCUUCUUGUCUUUUAAAUUAACUUGAAUUUGUUUUGCGUUCAAAAUAAUUUAUAUCUAAAUCAAAAGUUAGACAUUCAGGAAUCGAAAUUUUUAUGAAUACCGCCGUGCGCGCCGGGGAAAACUAUUAUUUUUAUUUGAUUUUCGUUGACGCAAUUUCACCUAUAUGCAAUAUUUUAAUUUUCUUCCUUUGAUACGAGGUCUCAUGCAUAGCUCAGAGUUCAAAGCGAUGCUUGAAGAGGUCUUAUAUCUUUUUUUUCUUCGACCAGGUAUCUUUCCUUUUAAAAUUCUCGCAAGAGAUUUCUCAUAGCUGCCGAUAUGCUUCAUCCCAGAUUCUUUGUAAUCGCGAAUCCGUGUAAUCGAUAACGCCAUUCAACGCGUGCUCGCAUUCAUUUCGAAGAUACGUUUUUCGACUUCGAGAAGAACUGGCGAUUGCGACUUUAAUUUUUUUUCGAGUGGAAGCAAAUGCGUUUGCAAGAAAGUAAAAAUAAAAAAAUUUAAUAUAUAAAAAACAAUUUUCAAAUGAGAACUGUCAAAUGCAAAAAUUUAUACAUAUGUGUGUGUGUGUGUGUGUGUGUUUGUAUGCGCAUAUAUAUAAACUAGAUUACAAUGUGGGAAUAACAAUUCGACUAAUUGAAUUAUAAAGUUUUAUUUACGCACCAAUGGCAUGCUCAACAGGAAUAAAUUAAAUUAUGAGCAUAUAAAAGAUAUAUCCAAAAGUAGAUUACGUAUAGCGAUAAUAAGUGCAUUUAUUAGCAAGAAGUUAAAUUAGUCUUUAAACAAUUAUCAUUUACAUGCAAUUCAUACAUAUACAUGAAUACUUUCGAGUAGAGUUAGAAUCACGUUGAAUGCUAAUUCGUUCAUUUUCUAUGAAUUGACAAGAGUUGUAUAUACGAAAGAGCAUGUGGGUUUCUUCAUUUGUCGGCUUUGCUGAGCUGAAAACUCCCGUUCAAGAGCAUAUUGUAGGGGUUAGCUAGCGCUAUCGCGUGAGCGUCGAGGAGAAUGCCAGGUUGCUGCACGUCGUCGUCGGUUCGUGCGCGAUGUAGUUUAUGAUAAUAUUUAAUCCGGUUAGAGCGAGGCGAGGGUGUAUGUACGUGGAGCGAGCGCAGUAGUAAAGUAGCUAGCUCGGGCGCGCGAGUUCUCGGACGGCGGUGCGGUCGGCUCGGCCAGUCGAUGAUUCCGUUCCGACUGUGUCGUCGUUGACAGCAUAAUCCAGUUACAGCCCGAGCUAACCAACGCUACGUCAGCUCGCGCACAGCCUAUUUUGGCCCCGAGUAUUUUUUUUUUUUACGAGUUCGCACUUGAUCGUGGAAUACGCGGUCGAGCUGGCGCGCGAUCAAUCCUCCGCGGGUUGAUUUUGUCGCGCGGAUUUUAACCCGUCGCUCAUCCGCGUUUUAGCACGAUUGCCACGCUCGUCGACCGAUAUGCCAGCCAUUCAUCCACAUCGCGUGCCGAUGUCAUUCAUCGACAGUUUCCUGCGCCGUUUACUACGCCGUCGUAUCGGUCGGUCGUUCCUGGUGAUCGCGUGUUGUGUAUCCUGUGAACACCGGAAGAAAUUGAACUUUUAUUCCCGCAAUCUGAUCGUGUAAUCAGCUCGAACGCACUCGUCCAAGUGUCGCGAUUGUAUCCCACAUCGCAAAGUUCCGAUCAUACUGAAAUGUCGGAGUUUUCGCAUAUGUAGUAUAGCAUAUCGUUCCCUUGUAGCCAGUUGACCGUUUUCCUCUGUGGUUACGAAACUAAAUUACGGAUGGAGCAUUUCGAGAGCGUUCCGAGUGUAUUAUACUGUACACUUGUGUUACACAGACAUUUAAAGACCAUAGGUUGCACGCAUGGUUAUGCAUUAGAGAUCUGAAGAGAUUCGUAUGUUUGUCUGGAUAUUAAAGCUGCAUUUUUCAUCAGUUUGCACUCGUUGGCAUCACAUUCGUUUCUCGCGGUAUCUUCGCCAUAUGAUAUGUACCACAAGGUUGAACGUUGCCAAAGUAUAAGACAGUUUCGUAUAUAUUGCAUACGUUUAUAUUAUGUUUAUAUUUAGUCAUUUAGAGAUAUGCGCGAUUCUGCGCAUGUUGUGGUAGAUCUCCAAAGAGCGUGGGUCGAAAUAUAUAUUAAAGCUGCUGCGUUAAGUUAUCUCUCCUUGCAUAAAGUUGCUUCAUUAUCGCUCUCCUUCCUCGUGGUAUAAUCAGAGGUACGCGUGUACGAUGAAACAUUAAGUGCCACGAGCCACAAGCGCCACGAUCCAUCGUGAACCCCGCAGUGUGUGUACGUGCGUGCGCGCGCGCGCGCGUGUGUGUGUGAUAUCUACAGUUAACGGGUACAUUAAAACUUAACUAAUCGCGAGCGCAGCCGUCAUUCUAAUUCUCGGACAGUCACGGUGAUAUUGCAGAAUUCGGGAAGUGCCGCUUCACGACGAGUCUCUCAAUCUUCUUUCCACGGAGACCUGCAUCGAGGUGACUCGCGACAGGAAUUUUGCAUUUCGCUUCGAUCGGGAAAUCAAAGGGAUCGUUCUUCAGUUUCGAUCGGCGAAUCUACGAUAGUUGGAAACACGAUGCUGUCCUCCCCCCGUUUUGAUGAUAAAACGUAGGAGUGAAUUCCGGAGGGUGAAAGAAAAGACCGCGAACUACGGGGAAAGACGAGCGAUCUCGAAGGUAAAGGGAGAAGAGACAGACGUGCAUAAAGGAAUUCAAAUAUUGUUUCGAUCGACUGGCUAAGCUGGUGGAACGUUCCGCAGUUUCCCCUUCGAAUUCUCUCGAACGAUUGAUAUAUCCGUACACACACGCAUUACACACGUACGGAUUACGUAGGGCUUCACUUACGGAAAUUCGCAGAAUCGUAAUGUUUAACUGGCAAGAAGCAGUAAACGAUCGUUCCUACAACUCGAUGAUCUGAUCGCCGGAGAAGGACAAGGGGCGUUUAAAGUGGUUCGUUAGAUCGCGCCCGAGGUGUUCUCGGUCCGAAUCGUUUACGCGAGUGAUCACGGGGUGAAGCGUCGCGGUAUCGAAGGAGAUGGAGAGGAAUCGGAGGAACGCGAGAUCGCACAAGCGUGGAAGGACAGGAUUUGCGUAUCCGUGCGUUUCCUCUUGAGAGGCUCCGCGACGUGCCUCCGAGCGCUUAUCCGCGCGUUAAACACGAGCGCGCUGCCGACCGAUCACGCAUCAGCAAACAGGGUGUCGCCGGGUGAUGUUUGUCGAGCGAUGAGGGAGUGUGCGUAAUAUAAGUUUGCCAAUCAACGUGCGCGCGCGAGGGAGAACGUGCGAACGCAUUUCUCGCGCGGACGGAUUCCCAAGUCGUCAGAAAAAUACCAUCGGAAAACCUGACGGAACCGACACCUACCUAAUGCGUGUCGAAAGUCGAAAAGGGAUGAAGAGUUUAGCCCGUCGGCUUUCAUUCAAUCGUACAUCUAACACUUUUUAAUCGAGUGUCCGAUCGCGUAAUCCGGGCAUUGUACGGAAAUCCCACGGGGAAGAGAGUGUCACGAUGGAGAAGUGACUGUGUCGGAAGGCUGAGAGCCGAGUUCGGAGUCAAAGGAGAUCGAUAGAGAGUGGCAGUAAGGAUCGAUACGAUCGGUCGGGAUCGUGUGAGAUUCGGCCAAACGGCAAAGGGAAUUCCGGGAUCACGGCGGUCACUCGUCGUGAUCGAUCGAGCUUUAAAACGCCACGCGCACGGAACGAGCUGAGCGCGACGUGUCGAGGAGCACUGCGAGCGAACGACAGCCACCCGGAAGGACCAUCAGCGAGAAAAGACGCGCGGAGGCGAGAGGUCACGUACGCCUGUAUUUUUGCCCUCGCGGGAAAUCAGCGACGGAGGAAUAUAGCGGAGCUGUCGGGAGUACAAAGGAUAUAGCGGGGCAACGUUGUCGUUCUUUAUCACGGUAGCCGGCAAAUUGAUAACGAGUCGAUCGUUACGCCCUACGCAAGAAGAGGCGCGUCUUACGAGCGCGUUCCCCCAAACGAUUCGCGAAAAUCGUGAGGCUCUUUCUUUCGGCAUUCACUGACACUCGCGUUACAACGCCGGGAAAUUAUCUUCGAGCUUCAUGGCAGAUCUAUCAGCGUGUCUUCCUGCGCCGCUCAUCACUGAUCAAAAGAACAUCUCGGUCGUCGUACGAACGCGCAGCGAAGAUAACGGCGGAGAUCGCUUCUGAAAAUAGAAACGUAAAGACGUCGCGGUUUUCGCGAUAAAAAGUCACGGCCCACGGCGUGAGGCAGUCCGAAAAAUUGGAGAGACGAGGUGACCGCCGAAGAAAGUAAAUUUCGAAACUAAUCGAGAAACGGUGAUCGAAGGUAACGGCAACGCGAAUGUUGCCACGAGAAGAGAUAUAACUCAACGAAAGUUCUUCCCUCUUCGCUUCCCUCUUUCAUUUCUCGGUAACUCUCGGCGCGGCAAUCUAUCCGCGUGCCGCCCUUCACGGUGGCUUAAGGAUAUCACGAGGGAUCCAGGAUGUGCCUCGGCCCCUCCCGCGAGAUUGUCAGGAGUAUCAGACCCUUUAUCGGGAACAGAGAGAAAUGAAGUUAUCAGUGUCGGCUUACACAGCUCAGGCCAGUGCUCACAAGAAUCUCUGCAGCUAUCAGCAUCAGCGGAGCUACGGGGCCACGAACCAGGCCCGGACCCCCUCAGACCUCGCGACGGUCCUUCCUCCCCUCAAGGUGGAUCGGGCGGAGGAGGAAGGACAGGGAGAGGGUGGUCUGGUGCCGUCUUGCAGCAGUGCUUCCGGUUCGAGGAUGGGCCCCGGGCCCGAUUCCGGCAGCAGCGCUCCCUCUUCGGUUCCCCAGUCGCUGGCUACGUCGAGGGAUGACGAGGACGACGAGGACGAUGAGAGCAGCAGUAGGCGGAAUCACCACAGAGGAUCGAGGUCAUCGGAGAUCUACCGUCGACGACACGCUAUCUCGGACCAUCGACAAACCUUCGCGAGGAGAUCGGCUGGUGCUGGGUCCGCCGCCGCCACUUCGACCACUUCGGAAUCGCAGGAGAGCUACGCCCUCGAUACAGAGAUACCCGCCGCAGCCAGGAGGCCUCGUAGCACGAGGGGUUCGCAAAAAUGGAGUAACGUACGCGCGGUCAUGGCGUUAUAUUCCUCUCUACGCAAAAUCAAGAGAACGAAGAGUAAUCAACGGUGGAUGAAACUGCGCACGACCGUGCAGCUGUCCUCGGCGAUUUCCACGAAAUCGAAGCCGCCGCUUAAGCGCGAGGAUUCGUUCCUGAAGAGAUUCUCCACCCGCCAGAUACCAGAGAGUCAGGAGACCCUCGACACCGCCGAAGGCGAGGGGGACGCGACCGACGACAAGAAUACGGGUAUUCGACGCCGCAGGCGACCCCGCAGGCCUCAGAGACCACCCAAGACCGUGGUCAAUCCCGACGAGAACUUCUACUAUUACUGGCUUAUGCUACUGUCAGCCUGCGUCCUCUACAAUCUCUGGACGCUGAUUGUCCGUCAGAGUAUGCCGGAGCUGCAAGCGCUGGCACCCUCCACCUGGCUCACCUGCGAUUGCUUCACCGACGUUGUGUUCUUCCUGGACGUGAUAGUGCAGUUUCGCACUGGCUAUCUGGAGCAAGGUCUAAUGGUCUACAACAGUCGGAUGCUCGCCGGCCACUACCUCAAGUCCAAAUCCUUCAUCCUGGAUCUACUCGCGCUGUUACCGCUCGAUCUGCUUCAGGUGAACCUCGGCAGCAACCCCAUGCUGAGGUUUCCCAGGUUCUUAAAGAUCUACCGAGUCUACAAUUAUUACUACAUGGUGGAGUCGCGCACGGUCUAUCCGAAUCUCUGGCGCGUGCUGAAUCUCAUUCACAUACUGCUCAUCCUGGCCCACUGGUUCGGCUGCUUUUACUUCCUGCUGAGCGAAGCCGAGCGCUUCCAGGGCGACUGGGUGUAUCCGUACCGGCCCGGCGAGUACGCCACCCUCACCAGGAAGUAUCUCGGCUCCCUCUACUGGUCCACCCUGACGCUGACGACCAUCGGUGAUCUGCCCACGCCGGAGACCAACGCCGACUCCGUUACGUUCGGCAAUCCCCGGAGCCUCGCUCGUCGCGGCCGAGCUUCACGGCUUCUGCAGUUCAAGCAUAAUGGAGGGUACGUCUUCACGAUAGUCAGCUACUUGAUUGGCGUCUUCAUAUUCGCGACCAUCGUCGGCCAGGUCGGCAACGUCAUCACGAACAGGAACGCGAACCGUCUCGAGUUCGAGAGGCUCCUGGACGGCGCCAAGACCUACAUGAGGCAUCACAAGGUGCCGGGCGGUAUGAAACGACGGGUGCUCAGGUGGUAUGACUACAGCUGGUCGCGCGGCAGGAUACAGGGCGGGGGUGACAUCAACACCGCCCUUGGUCUACUUCCGGACAAGCUCAAAACCGAGCUGGCGUUGCACGUGAACCUCUCGGUGCUGAAGAAGGUCACCAUUUUCCAGGAAUGUCAACCGGAAUUUCUGCACGAUCUCGUUCUGAAGAUGAAGGCCUACAUCUUCACCCCCGGCGAUUCGAUAUGUCGGAAGGGCGAGGUCGCUCGUGAGAUGUUCAUAAUAGCCGACGGUAUUCUGGAGGUGAUCAGCGAAACUGGUAGAGUCCUCACGACAAUGAAGGCCGGGGACUUUUUCGGCGAGAUUGGUAUACUCAAUCUAGACGGAUUGAAUAAACGCACAGCUGACGUUCGUUCGGUGGGUUACUCCGAACUGUUUAGCCUCUCGCGGGAGGACGUGCUGGCGGCGAUGAAGGACUACCCGGAGGCGCAGGAGAUCCUGCAGAAUCUCGGCCGAAAGCGGCUGAUGGAAGCGCAGAGGGUAGCGCGCGCAGCGCGCCGACCUACGUCUCCCGGCCAUGAUUCGUCCGACAACAGCACUGGCAAGAGGAUCGUCGAUAAGCUGAAGAGCGACGUGAAGGGUCUAAAGAACGUCUUACGGAAAAGCAGGCGCAAUACUCGGCUGGAAGAGACUCUGGAGCUUCAGCCACUGGCACCGAAAGUGGCAGUUCUCAAACGGCAGCAGAAGAUCGACGACGGCCAGGACCUGUCUCUGCCCAAUGUUCCGGAGCAGCCAGUGUCACCGCUGGGCGCCGGUCUUCCGCUGCUGUCCAGGCUCAGGCUGUUGAAAGAGAAGGAAGAGAGGGAGGAACGGCGCAAUCUGAUGGACACGCCGAGUCACGCGACAGAGCCGCACGCGCCGCCAGUCUCGGAGACACUGAACCCCACCAAUCCGAACCUGCCGUUCUUGCAGAGGAUACUUCUGCUGAAGGCGAAGAACGAGCAGACUCAAGAUCCUACUCAAGUAGAAAAGGAGACGCCCAUCAAGGACUCUCUGCUCCCCACUGCAAGGAACACCAUUCCCGAAGAGCCGAGCACGCAAUCGGACGAGCAGUCAUCCUCGGGUGGUCAGAGCGUCGCAAUAAGCACUGUGACCUCGCAGAUUGAGACGCGCAUAGUCAAAACGAUCAAGAAGCCCUGGACCACACUGAAAAACGCGUCAUUGACCGCCAAAGACAAUUCGCCUCAGAAAAGCCCGCCAACCAGAAAGCUGCAGCAGACCAAGAUGUAUGCCUCCGUCGACGACCUUUCGCCGGAGUACUGUGGUCUACCAUUUGUCAAGAAGCUCAAAAUUCUCAACGAAAGGCAGAAACUGGCCGAGUUGGAGAAAGCGGUUAGGAGCUCGUCUCUCGAUUGCGGCGAGAACGCCGAACCGGAGUACGAUAGCAAUCUCACGAGGAGCCACUCGGAGGCCUGUGCCAUCGAGUACGCCAGGAAACUGGCUAAAUACAAUCAAGACCGACAAGCGGCGGCGUCGUCGGCGGUGGAACAGCUGUCGCCGGAGAAUGAGACACUCGAGAGGCGGAACUUGAAGAGCAUCUUGAAGAAACUGUCGGCCAGCAGUCGGGCUGGCAGUUCAGAGACCUCGGCCACGAGCACGCCAGAUCGCGAGGCCGCCGCCGAGCUGAGGAGGCUGAUGAGAGCGCCGACGAUAGAGGGUUACGCCGCGCGGCAUUCAAAGCUAUCAAAAAGCGUGACCUUCAACAAGUACACGCUGCAGAGCCCACCGUCCGAGCAGCCUCUGCAGCCGUUGUCAAAUUACCCGCUGUCUGGCACCCAGGAUCAGCCGUCACUGCCGCCGCCCAAUAAAUUUAGUUUCCGUCCUGUGAGCAGUGCCGGUGGUGUCCUGCAAACGGUGUCCCGUCCGCGGGAGGAGGAAUGCCUGGGCGAUUUGCUCUCCGGGGUUGGCGAGGUCAUCAAGGCAGGCCUGGAGGACAUGCAGAGCAAAUUCGUGCGACAGUUUACGUCGCUCGAGCUGGAGGUCCGCAAGCGUGACGAGAUAAUUUCGCAGCUACAAUCGCGGAUUCAGCAGCUAGAGCGAAGAAAACUGCGGCACGCGGACGACUCUGGCGGAGACAGUACCGAGCACGAUGCCUCCAUGGAGGAAGAUCUCGACGACGAUCGCGAGGAUCAUCCUUUCAUGCGUGACAGCUCCGUGGAUACCGUUCUCGGAUCCACGCGAUCCCGCGACCGGCACUCGUCCUCGUCGGUCGGCUCGAGCUCGCGCAGCAGACGAUCGUGGGAGGAACACUCGGAAAGAGAAACCCUGGAACUGCAGGAGCUGCCGAACUCGAUAGUACCACAAAGACUGUCGCGGGAGGACGUGGCAAUCGACCUUGAAUCGAAUAGCGAUAGCAGAUCAGACGAGGAAUUUGAUAUCUGCAGCCAUCGCAAAGGCGACAGCGAUGAGGGCGACGAGGAGGACGAAGAGGAAGAGGAGGAGGAAGAGGAAGAUGACGAGGAUGACGACGACAAGAUCAUGCGGCAAGACGGUUACAAUAAUUGGGAGGUCGCCCUGCUGGCAAAGCAGCUCGAGGCAAGGAGAAGAAGUGGCGAUAACGCCAGCCCGGGUUCCUAUGGACUUUUGUUAACAAAUACUCCGAAGUUUAUCUCGUCUGAAAACAGUUUACGCACGGUCCGCGACCUACUACGUCAGCGGCGAGGCCGAUCCGAAGGUACGUUUACGGUUUUCCUGCUGGUUUCCCGCGUUUUUGUGCCGCCGAUAAUUCGACACCUGACGAAUAGAAUAGCCGUGCGAUUCGCUGCUGUCACAGCUGACCGCCCGAUAUUUGCAAGAGCUCGAUGCUCCUUUUUUCCGCCGAGAAACGAUGUGUCUCGAGUAUCGAGAAAGAUCUUGAAUUUAUUGCAAGAAGGUGGGGCUGAGAGAUCCAAUUAUUUUAGUGAUUUUGUUACACAUCUGAUAGCAGGCAAUGAGGCAUUAGAAAAUGAUAUUUCUGAAGCGAAGGAUCUGUAUGAGAUACCAGCAGUUACACAAAAUUGGAUUUUAUAUUCCGUCAAGUGCAACAAGCUACUGCCGACGCAAUAUUUUUCUCCAGAAGAGAAUCAGUUAUUCUUCAAUAUAAAUGUCUGCUUAUCUCAGGUAAGUCGAGCAGACAGCAAGUCCUUAUGGGCAAUGAUAACGCUGCAAGGUGGCAAAUGUCAACUACGUUUAGACAGAUAUUGUACUCAUCUGAUUACGUGCAAAGCGGGUGGUGCAAAGUAUGAUGCUGCCCUGAGACAUCAUAUAUCUAUUGUAACGCCCGACUGGAUAACGGAAUGUUGUAAGAAAGGCACUCUUGUCAGCGAAGUAGAGUAUCAUCCUAGACUGUUAGUAUCUCCAAACAGUUCGACAGCCUUGAUCACUGGAUUCAUGGAUGAAGAUACAGAUAAUAAGAUUGCUCAAGAAGGGCAAGGAAAUAAGGCUAUGUUGGAGCAACUCAAACAACGUAUGCCAUGGAAUCAGCCGAGUCCGCCGGUAUCCUCAAGUGCAUCGCAUAGUCUGGGUGCGACUAGUACAACAACUGUUCCUUAUUCGACAAAUGGACAAAAUACUACAAACAUGCAGCCGCAGCAACAACAACCGCAGCAGCAGCAGCAGCAUCUUCCACGACCAUCAGUUUCCUCGACCAAUCUGAACACUUCCACCCCAUCAGUCGUCCCAUCAGUUUCUGAACAGGAUGUUAUUAAUCAAACAAACUGGCUUCCACAGACAUCUCAGCAAAACGUUUCUCCGCAAGUAAAAGCUGUACCAUCACAAAUGCAACAGCAAGAGCUGUCUCCGCAACAACAGCAACAGCAAAUGAAUAUGCAACAUCAAUUGAUACAGCAGCAACAGUUAACAUCACAACAGCAAUUGACACAGCAACAACUCACACAGCAUCAACAACAGUUGCAACAGUCAUCGUACAACCAGCAACAACUUUUAAAUCAGCAGCAGUCACCUCAAGUGCAGCAACAACAAUUAGUAGGACAACAGCAAUCCAUGAUACCCCAACAACAGCAACAAUCAAUAAAUUCGCAAUUACCUCAGCAUCAACUAAACACACAGCAGCAACAACUAUUGACAUCGCAACAAAAACAAUUAAAUCAACAUCAAAUUAUUCAGCAACAACAAUUACAGACUCAGCAGCCUCAUUUGACACAACAGCAACAAGUGCAAUUGGCAGCUCAGCAACAACAGCAGCAAAUAGUUAUGCAGCAGCAGCAACAAUUAGCAGGAACUUCUCAACAGCAACAAAUAGCAGGUCAGCAUCAGUUGACUCAACAACCGACUCCACCGCAGCAACUCACUCCCGAGCAAAGGCAACUUAUCUUAUUGCAACAACAGCAACAACAGCAGAAGAUACAACAAAUCUCACAACAACUGCAACAAUCUGCUCCGCAGAACUCUCAACAAUUUGUCAUAAGAGAUGGUCAGUUACAACAACAGUCACAGAAUCAGCAGAUAAUUGGACCAAAUCAACAAGGAUUUAUCGUUCAACGAGACUCACAGUGGCAGCAACAGCAAUAUCACUUACAGCUUCAAAGACAACAGCAACAGCAACAGAUUGGUCCUCAAAGGGCCUCUGGAGGACAAUGGAAUCAACAACCACCUCAACCUCCUCGACAGUUGAUUCAUUUGGACGCACAAACACAUCAGCAGCUGCAGCAAAUGGAUCCGCAACAGAGGGCUCAGUUUAUCCAGAAGAUUCAAAAGCAGCGAAACAUAUUAUUGCAGAGGCAGAUGCAAAAUCGCCAGGCUCAGCAAGGCUCACAUAUCGCUGUUAUAAGAAGCCCUGGUAAACCAGUACAACCAGGCAGUUUACAAUGGGUUCAACAAGCUCGACCACAGAUGGGACCACAACUUCCGCAAACUCCAGGACAGAAGCCGGUACAUCCUGGAGUACAGCCGCCAGCAUUAACUCCAAUAAACUCUUCCAAUCAAGUAAUUGUAUCAGCCGGCCAAGCCGUUCAAGGUCCGCAGACAUCACAAACAGGCCAACCACCAUUCCAACAGGCACAACUGACACCUCAGCAAUUGGCGCAAUUGCAGUUACAGAAGCAACAACAGAUGGUUAGACUGCAGCAGUUACAUCUGCAACAACAACAGCAGCAACAACAACAGCAACAACAACAACAACAGCAGCAGCAACCAGGCGCACAGCAAGAACCGCAAUUAGCACCUCUGCCGAAUAAUGCGCAAAUUCCACCGGAUCAACAGCUUGUCGUUAAUGCUAAAACUAAAACUGCGCUGGCAAAUAUGCUGACUAACAGAUUGCAAAGUGGUGCUGCUGAGGGUAGCGCAGCUGGCCAAUUGAGAUUGAUGACUGCACAACACCGACCUCCACCCCCACCUUCACAAGAUCCGCAACUCUUAGCUGCUUAUCAGAGAAGAACUUUGGGGAAUAUAACAAAUGGCGCACCAUCGGGAGCACCUAUAAAAAUGCAAUAUGCUCCAGUUAUGCCACAACCUAAGGCUCAGUUUUACGGCCACAAUCCAAAUCUGAAAUUGCCGCCGGAUUUAUUUUUGUUAGGAUGCAUCUUCGUCAUUGUCGAAUAUGACGUACAGCGUCCUAAUGAAGUUUCAGUCUGGAAACAAGUUAUUGAAAGACAUGGCGGUGAAGUUGAGUCGCAAUAUUGUACUCGUGCAACGCAUGUACUAGCUAUCACGCAGAAACAUCCAACUGUGGUGCAAGCGUUGCGUGAGGGAAAACGUUGUGUUAGUGCACAUUGGCUUUCUGAUGUUGUCAGUAAGCAGCAAGUAGUCCCACCUUGGCAUGUUCUUCACUUUCCAACGCCGUUCAGCUUAACUGAGCUUCCGUGUGGCAAACAAAUCAUAUCUUUUUCUGGAUUUGAGGGAGAGGAACGAGCAAAAAUCAAAUUCAUGUUAGAGGCUUUGGGUGCAAAGUACACUAAUUACUUUUCCAGACACAAUACUCUUCUUGUUUGUAGAAGGCCAGAUGGACAGAAAUAUAAAAAGGCACGCGAGUGGCAAACCAGUGUUGUAAAUGCACAAUGGUUGACGGAUUUACUGUGCGGACAGAUGAAUGCUUUGCAUCAACUUGAGGGUCCAAAGUAUCAACAGUUCAGUCUGAGUAAUCCUUUCAGACUAGAUUAUUCACUAGUGCCUCAUCUCAUGGCUGCUUGGAAAAUGCCAAUAAAUAUUACGCAAGAAUCAUAUGACAAAGUAAAACAGGUUGGCCAGGGUCCAAAUUCGAUCAGAAAAUACAAAAAGCCACGCCUGGAUGGCCCAUUAUUGAAUAAAGACCCGCAUCUUCUAGGUCUAGAUGAACCGAUUACUAUUAGCAAUCCUGAUCCUCCGCCACCUGAUAAACAACCAAAAAUACUAUUUUCUGGUAUAAACCCUAAAAAUCAUGCCAAGAGAAUUCGAGAAUUGGGAGGUGCUUUAGCUGCUAGCUGGCGAGAUGCUACUCAUCUCGUAAUGUCAGCACCAUUGCGAACAGUAAAAUUAUUGUGUUGUUUAUCACGAUGUAAAUUUAUCGUCAGUCUUCAAUGGCUUCACGAAUGCUCCGCAAAAAACACUUUUGUGGACGAGAGCGCAUAUAUACUCGGUGAUCCAGAAUUCGAGAAAAACUUCAAUUGCAAUAUCGAAAAAAGUUUAGCGAGUCCUAAUCGAGGAACAGUACUUAAGGGUAAAAUAUUUUAUGUUACACCGAGUGUAAUACCAUGCCCUUCGGCAAUUGCGGAAAUAAUAGAGAGUGCAGGAGGUACAAUGGAAAAGACACGUAGAUCAAUCGCUCAAAUACAAGAGAUGAAUGCUGGGAAAUUAAAUUAUAUUAUCGUUACUCAUGACAAUGACCUUCAUCUCCUCUCUGAUGUUUUACGUGCAAAUAUCAAUGUGUACAGUGCAGAAAUCGUAUUAGGCGCAGUUGCACGACAAUAUUUCCAACCUGACACAAGUUAAGUCUAAAAAGUUACUCUUUGCUAUAUUUUUAUCCCUGUUAUGGGCCUAUCGAUUCUUCAGUGAUUAUUUUCGACACGGAAAUUUUUGCUUACCUUCUGCAAUGGGACAAUAAAAAACUUUAUAAUGCAAAAGGUAAUUAUUUUUAUACAUUUUUCAUAUAUUUCCUUUCAAUUGCACGUUGUAUCAUCUGGAGAUACUAUAUUCGGCAUACUGUCCUGUAAUAACUUUAUCAUUUGUCAUGGAUGAGUGUAAUAGAAGGAGUAAAAUUAAAUAAAAAGUUCUUUACCGUUU